AUGAUCCAGCCCUCGUUGCAUAUACACUUGGACCGAAGCGAUAAGCAGUCAUGGGUUGAUUGGGCAACAACACGAAAUGAAGGCACCAGCUACUUUGCCAGUGCCAUGCGGUAUGUUGGUGCGUCGCGAACACACCCCUGCUACAAUGCACUUUGCCAAUUUGCCCCCGAAGGUGCCGCCGACGAUGGAUCGUGGCUGUACGAUGAGGAAUUGAUGACUCAGGCAGCUUCACAGUGGGGUGCAUGGAUGAAACAGUUCCUUCCCGCUGAUCACUUUAGCUCCCAAAACCAAAGGCGUCGUGUCAUGCAACGGUGGAUCCAGCAGCCUGGAGAGUACGACUUUACGGCAACCAUGGAGGGUCGACUUAUCUAUGUUCCUGCGACCUGGUCUGCCCGGUUACGUUGGCUCGAUGGCUCGGUUGAACGCACCUUGCAGCUCAAGUUUCCGAAUUCCCUAUUUGACAGCAAUCGCAGAGAAGAUCGAAUGUGCAGACUGCGGUUCCUGCCUGAAGGCAUUGGUCUCGAGAGUGAAGAUGGAGAGCAACUGGGGGUACGAGCGUUGCGCAACCUGACAUACCUGAGGGCGCAAGAAGACGGAGCGCACCUUGUUCGCCUUUGGCAGCAAGAACGUCUUCGUCUCGGCGAUACCACCGCCGGAACCGAAAUCAUCCCAGGUCAUGCCGACGUCCCAGCGAACCAGCGUCGCAAACCGCUGCAGACAACUGUUCAGUUGACCAAUGAAGAAGCCAUACUUUCCGUGAUCGUCAAUUGUUUCCACCUUGUCGAAUCGGAAAAUACAGUGUAG